UGUUGUAGGUUGUGGUGUAUUGGAAGCCUGUUUGUGCUGUUUUCAUUAUUGUGGUUUUUUUUUUUACAGCGCUGGUUAAAGUAUGCCCCCCUGCGCCGUGCAUCCUGUGCACUCCCUGCUUUUUUGUUAUUUACUAAGUUGCGCGUGUUUAGCUACGAGCUGGUAUACGCAUAAUGUUGACGGAGCAGCCAGUUCUGACUUGUUAUCUCAGUCACUUUGGGCAGAAGAGCUGUCGCUCUCCCUGCUACCGUCUUACUACUCGGCUAGAAGUUUCUCUGAUGGUCCAGAGGUCUGUUCCCAUCUUCUCAUUGAGUUUGCGAACAGCAGUGCUGCGCUCAGCGAGUGUUUGGUAAAAAACGCGAGGCCGGUACGGCUUUGCCAGAAGUGCCGCCACGAAUACGUUCAGCUGAGAGCCGUAAUGGAUAACAUAACGCAAAAACAGAAUAACACAGACAUCUGUGCACAGCUUCUCCUACAGUCUGACCGGGUCCAUGUGCUUGUGAUUCUCAAUGAGUUCUUUCAAAAUACAUGGGAAGAUUCCAAGUGCGACGAUUGCCUGGAGAACAACAGCACACAGAUAAAGAACAGCACAACAGAAUUUAUGCAGUUAUACGAUAAGCUGAACAAUUGCUUUAACAAUAGUAUGAAGAAGCCAGAGUUCCAGAAACUGGAGGGCAACUACUCGAGAGUGUGUCAGAACUGCAAUGUGAGCUACAGAAGUCUCAAUGCUCUCUAUAGCAAGCUGGAGCUGUCAAAAGCCCUGUGCAUUGAUUUGGAAGAUGCUAUGAACAGUACACGCACACUUUGGAGCAGAGUUUUCAACUGUACUGUACCCUGCACUGACACCGUGCCAGUCAUAGCUGUGUCCGUGUUCAUAUUUUUCCUGCCAGUUGUAUUCUAUCUCAGCAGCUACCUUCACUCUGAACAAAAGAAGCUAAAACUUGUGUUACCCAAGAGAUUAUUACCAAAUGCAAACAUAGCGAACAUACAAGAUCAUAGUAACUGAUCAGCGAUACUGUGAAGAAACAAGUGUUUGCACUGGAUGCUCUGCUGUGCAUGAAGGAGACAUAUUUUAAUGGAGGAAGGCACAGCCUGAUUAUACAACUUGUUUGCCGUCCUCAUCUUGAGGACGUUUACCUUGCGUUGGGUCUUAUUUUUAUCACUAAAUGGCUGUGUCUGGUUGUACAUUGUUUUUAACAGCUUUUCCUGUAUUCAAUAGUGUCUAACACUUUGUAUAUGAACACCAAGUAUGCGUUUGCUAAAGUGUCUGUAAAUUAUAAAGAAUAUUUCUCUGUUUUUGAGCAAAUGGCAACAUAUAUGCUUGUAGACCAGGAUUUUUUUUUAAACUUUUGUAGAUGUGCCUCUCUUCUGCAGGUUUGAAUAACAAAUAUUAAUGAAAUUGUUCCAUUCGUUAUUUGAAUGAGAUACACUGGGAUCGAAAGACUUUGAGCAGUGAAAACUAAGUGUUCUAUGCUUUGGGAGUUUUUAGUAUUCUGAGACAAAUGUCUGUAGUUCUUUUUCGCACAGCAUAUCCGCAGUAAAAAAAAAAACAGCAGUAAAAGGCCCCAAGGGACAAGUUAUCUCUGUUCCCCUCCUAGUCUAGUAGAAAGGAACAGAGGAUACCACUAGUGGCACAGAUUACUAAUUUUCCAGUCCUUGGUUGCACUGAUGGCUGGUUGUAAAUGUCUUGUGGCCAUGGCCACAGGACCCGGGCACUUAUGGAAUAAUUUAGGUGGCAGGCAGAUAGAUACUGAUCCUUAAGUUCCCCAAA